UCUCCAUUCACAAAACGAUGCGUUUUCCUUUAAGCUUUUGAACAGUCCAGUUGAACCCUUAGUUCUGGCUCCCUCGACUUGUACUCAUUCCUCGCUGCGCCUAUGCUGUUUGAUGAAAUUCUUGAAUGAACUAGUGAAGCCAUUCUGAAUUUAGCUACCUUUUAAUUGUUAAUAACUGAACUUUAUCCCUCUUUGAUAAGCUUAACGUUACAAUAUGCAACGCUUAUCAUCAAGACUCUCAAGAACCUUAUCGUUCUCAAUUGUCCCCAUUACUUCAUUAAAACAGCGAAAUUUAACUACCCGCUCUGUGAACUCGACUCUCCAAACCCUCCGGCAACAAGAACCCACCAUUCCAGGUCGCUUCCUCAAAUGGGGUUCGCUUGGUUUUGUUAGAACCUCAAGGUUUGCCACUGGGUUCACUCCGCUGCAGCCAAAGCCGCUUGAUUCGAUAAUGGAUAUUGAACGGGCCAAGGACAAGUACCCUGAGGACCUCGCUUCCAUUUGGGAUGACUAUCACUUGGGAAGAGGUCAUAUUGGUGCGUCUGUGACAGCCAAUCUUUAUCAUUUGUUGGUGCAAAGAGCAGCAGAUUGCCGGUAUUUUGUUAUUCCUCUGUGGAGAGGAAGUGGUUAUUCAACGAUAUUUGCUCAAGUACAGAUGCCACACAUGCUUUUCACUGGACUUGAAGAUUACAAGGCAAGAGGAACUCAGGCAGCACCCUACUUCACCGCCUCUUUUUAUACUGAAUUUGCAGAAACCAAGGAUUUGGUCCUUAUCCGGGGAGAUAUUGUUUUUACCAGCAAGCUCGCCGAUGAAGAGGCAAAGUGGCUUUUAGAGACUGCUCAAUCUUUUUAUUUGAAUGAUGGGAGGUACAAGCUGGUUGAACGGUUCAACAAAGAAACGCGUGAUUUUGAAUUCAAGGAUGUCUUGCGAGCACUGGAUAUGCCCAUUCUGUGAUUUCUGAUCUAAUUAAUUAUGGCUAAAUAGAAUUGGGACUAUAAAGGAGAAUGAUUUGAUGUAUUGAGAAUGUUGAAAUUUUUAUUGGGAAAAGCUGACGCACAUCUUUUUCUA